AAUAUUAUUGACACACAUACGUAAUAUGCUGGCACUGGCUAUUUCGGUGAAAUGCUGUUUCCGUAUCAUCAAAUGGAUCUUUAAACUGCACACGAAACCCAUGAAUUUAAAAGAGAUUAUAUUGGGGGAUAAUAGGUGGCUGACGCCGAGCAUGACGGAAUCAACUGACGAACAAAAACAAGAAAUCAAAAAUGAGCUAUCAGAUGGAAUAAUAUGGGAGGAUCUCCCUUAUCCUGCCCUUGGAGGGGGCCCUUCGUGAUAAAAUUGACAAAAUUCAUUGGCAUCUAAUCAGUUCAUUUCGUUGAUUUAACACUAACGGAUACAUCGCACAAGUGCUGGAACAACCUUCUACAAGGGUUUUGAAAACAUUAGUGCAUCAAUUAGCAUGGCGACACUGGAGAGCUUAGCUAAGUGGAUCCCAUUUUCACAAUACUUUGGUGGCGAGUCCCAGCAAAAGUUGCUCUUUGUGCCCGAUGCUGAUAAACCUGACGUGGAUCACGAAAUAUCGGAACCUGCUCUCUUUCGAUUUUUAUUGAAUGAAGAAACUUUGAAAAAUUUCGAUGAAGCUGAAGUUGAAAUACCUGAAAUGCUGGCCGUUUUAAAAACCAUCGACAAAGAAUCAAAAAUAAUUGAAUUCGAAACCCACCAAAGCAGCAUAGAUAUCAUGAAGGAUUUUAAAGGAGCUUUCCACGUCUUCAUCGUCUUCAAAUCGACAAGUGAAAAAGUUGGAGACUAUUGGUGGUCACUAGAAAAAGGCAUGGACUUCAUCACUUUACAACGAUCCAGCAACAAAAACGGCGUCAAGGACAAGUUAUACGGCGAAUCGCGAACUAAAGUUGAGCCGAUUGAAGAAGGAUUAAUUGGGAAAGGUACGAUUCAAGAUCUUUUUGCAUUACUUUGGGCCCAACAGAUUAUUCCAGAAAAGUAUCACAUCUUGAACUCCAACUGCCAGUCCUUUGUCACUUUCAUCAGUCAACAAAUUACCGAAAAAGGAUACAAAUACCAGGGUUUUUUCAAGUACUCUCCCGCCCCUGAAAGUGGGCGGGACAAAAAAAUGUUGGAUUUAAUUGUAAUCCUAAGGGGGAGUUCUGAUUGGCACCCUUUAUUCACUCUAAUUCAAAUGGGAAAUAUCGAUCUUUUCGAUAAAAUAGUAGCGAGUGGCAAGUACGACAUCAACGCCUUCUACAACGGACUUACUCCGCUCGACUCGGCGAUUUUGUUUUCGAAAACCGAAAUGGUCAAACAUCUUCUAAAACAUCCACUGAAUGCCAAUCCCACAAUAACACGCGGCAAUUUCGGGAUGAACGCCCUCCAUUGGGCGGCCACGUCCACAAUGAAGACGGAGAUCUUCGAUUUGCUACUAGCACACGACAAAAUCAACGUUGACGAUGUAGACGGAGACGGAAGAACGGCUCUCCAUUGGGCCGCUUAUCUAUUCAACGUCAUCGCCGUUAAACACUUGAUAGAUAAAGGAGCCAAUCCCAACAUUAUUGACGAAGAAGGUAUAUCUCCACUUCACGUGGCUGUUUGCAAUGCAACGGACAUGAAAAUCAUCGACUUGUUAUUGGAGAACAUUAAACAAGGAGACAUCAUGAGCUUGUAUAAUAACAAUGAAAAACUUUUCUCUUUGGCCGGUCAUAACAAGCACGAAAUAGAAGAGGAAAUAGUUGAUCGGUUAUUGAAAAAAGGCAUAAUAAAACCUCGGAAUACCAACACACGUUUGCUGAAAAGAGGAGCCGAUCCCACCGUACGGAACAAAAAAAGCUACACUCCAUUUUAUUUAUUCAAUAAAGAACCCGAUAUUGUCAAUUCACUUCUGGAAAGCGGAAAGGUUGACAUCAAUGAAACUAUAGGUGCACAUAGAUUGACUGUUCUCCAUCUGGCAAUUAUAACAUCAAACCUGACUGACGCUCACUUCCUAUUGUCAAAAGGAGCUAACCCCAACGUCGGUGAUGUAGAAGGACGCACUCCACUUCAAUGGGCGGCAUGGUUUGCAAAAGACAUGACCAUCAUCGAGUUACUCCUCAAUCAUCCAGACGUGGAUGUCAACUGCUUGAGCAAUAACGGACGGAGUGCGCUAGAUUUCGCAAAGUACAACGAGCAAGGGCUAAGCGAAGAAAUUGCCAAUCUGUUGAGAGAGAAAGGUGCCUUGGAAAUAGAAAAAAAAACUGUAGGGGCCUACCAAGAAAGCCAGGAAUAUCACUUAACACUUUUGCGUGAUUACAGCAGCAAUCGAAAGCCGGACGAAAAGGAAAACUUUUUAAGCGACGCUACAGUACCAAUUGAGGACAAAAUCGUUAAAAUUUCGUAUGAAUAUCUGCUUUCAGCUAUCCAUAAUUCGAACGUAGAAAGCGUUCGUCUCCUAUUGAAGAAUGGAGCAGAUACCAAGACAUGGGGAGAAAAAGGAGCGAAUGAUGCCCUUCAUUUUGCAUCGUGUUUUGCAAAGACGACGGAUGUCAUCGACGUCAUUCUUGAAACGGGCAAAUUCGACAUCAACGGAGUUGAUAGCCGUGAAUGGACACCUCUCCAUUAUGCAAUGGGGGGAACCAACUUUGAAAUAAAGAUUCGUCACCUGAUUGGAAAAGGAGCUGAUCCCAAUAUUGCCGACAAAGAAGGCAACACUCCACUUCACUUCGUGACCUCUCAGCAUGCAAAAGAAAUUGAGAACAUCAAUCUAAUGCUGGAAAAAGUCGAUAUCAAUCACCGUGACAAAGAAGGCAUGACUGCUCCUCACAGCGGAAUAAUUUUCAAACCCGUGGAGAUUGUUCGAUGCUUGAUGGAAAACGGAGCCGAUCCCACCAUACGCAACAAAGAAAGCUACACUCCAUUUCAUUUGGCAGCAAUGUUUCUGACAGACACCGAUGUUCUCAACCUCAUGUUAGAAAACGAAAAACAGAUUGAUAUUGACGAAAGCGACAAAAGUGGAUUGACAGCCCUCCAUCUGGCAAUUAUGAAAUCCAACGUGAUUUCCGUUCGCUUCCUGUUAGCAAGAGGAGCCAACCCCAACGUUGUUGAUAAAUGUGGGCACACUCCACUUCAUGUGGCGGUAGCUCUAGCCAAAAACAUGGACAUUGUAAAACUACUCCUCAAUCAAAACGACGCGAAUGUCAAUUAUUUAGAUAAUAAUGGAUUCGAUGCGCUACGGUUCACAAAGUACAACAAGUAUGGACUUACGGAAAUUAGGGAAAUUGGUGAUUUCGACAUCAACUGCCGUGAAGAAAAUGGAUGGACACCUCUUCAUUUCGCAAUGAUCCCCAUAAACGUGGAGACUGCUCGCUACUUGCUAGAAAAGGGAGCCGAUCCCACCAUAGGAGACAACGAAGGCACCACUCCAUUUCAUCUGGCAGCGGCAUUAAGUCGAGAAACCGACAUUCUCGGCUUAUUUCUGGCGAAUAACAAACAGUUUGAUAUUGACCACCGAGACAAAACUGAAACGACUGCCCUGCACAUGGCAGUCAAGCAAUCCAACACAGCUUCAGCAGAAUAUCUUUUAUCAAAAGGAGCCAACCCAAACGCUGCUGUUCAACAUGGAUACACAACACUUCACAUAGCGGCCAAAUAUGCCAAAGACAUGGACAUGGUCAAACUACUACUCAAUCACAAAGGCACCAAUGUCAACUAUUUAGACAACAAAGGAAGAAAUGCGCUUCAUUACGCAAUGGACAACAUGCACGGACACGGCAAAGUAAUUGCCAAUCUGUUGAGGGAAAAAAUGGCCACGACGUCAGAAGGAGACAAUUACGAACCGAAGAACAUUGCGGCAUUGGUACCAAGUCUCACCGAAGAAGAUUCCGACAUAGAAACAAUUCGUUUGCUGAUAGAAGAUGGACAAGAUGUUAGCGCGAUGACAUGGGGAGAAAACGGAGCGAACGCACUUCACCUGGCGGCAGCUAAUGAAGAGACGACCGAUCUCAUCGACGCCUUUCUGGAAACGGGAAAAUUCGACAUCGAUGGAGUCGACAACAACGGAAGGACACCUCUCCAUUACGCAAUCAAAAGACCCAACCCGGUUACAAUCAACGCUCUAGCAAUUCAUACCGAAGCGGUGGACGUGAAUUGUGUCGACAAACAAGGAAGGACUCCUCUCGCUUGUGCUAGGGACAACAAACACGGACUAAGUGAAAGAAUUGCCAAUCGAUUGAAAGAAAAUGGCGCCGUGAGGGUCGAAGAAGAAAUAUGCCAAGAUAAUUUGCUUGACGAAUGCACAUCAGGGGGAGAGGCCACUGGAAAUUCCUUAGUCAACGACGAAGACGAAAAUGAGAGCGAAACUGAGAAUCCUAAGAAAGCACCUACGUUUAAAAUCGUCGUGGAUUCGAGCGGGGAAAAGAUUCGUAUUCAGAUCAAGGAGGGAACAAAACUGGGCAAAGGGAAUUGGGGAGAACACGUCAUGAAUGCACUUCGUUCGGCAUUACGUAAAGCGAAAGCAACGGAAAUCAUCGAUAUCUCUUUGGAUACAGAAAGUCGUGACCCGCAUGUGACAACACCUCCCGAAUGCACAUCAGAUGAUGACAACGAGAAUAUGGUGAAGAAAGUUCUAACAGAGGCAAUCGCACAUUCAGACGCUGAAAAGGUUCGCAACCUGAUAGAAAUGGGAGCCGAUAUCAGUAAAGUGACGUGGAGAGGAUUGAAUGCCCUGCAUGCUGCAUCGGUUUGUGCAAAGACAACCGAAAUACUUGAUGUCAUUUUGGCAAGUGGCGAGAUCGACAUCAAUGCUGGUCGUAACGAAGAUGGCGAAACUGCACUUCAUUUCGCAUUGCGCGCCAACAAAAUGACUACUGCUCGCUACUUGCUGGAAAAGGGAGCCGAUACCACCAAACGAAACAAUGCCGGAAACACUCCAUUUCACGAGGCAGCGACAUUUAGUCGAGAAACCGACAUUCUCGAUUUCAUUAUGGCCAACAACAAAAAAUUUGAUAUUGACCACCGAAACCAAUCUGGACUGACUGCCCUCCACAUGGCAAUCAAGGUAUCCAACACAGCUACAGCAGAAUAUCUUUUAUCAAAAGGAGCCAACCCAAACGCUGCUGAUCGAAAUGGACGCACUCCACUUCACGUGGCGGCCUAUUAUGCCAAAGACAUGGAAAUUGUCAAACUACUCCUCAACCGCAAAAACGUGAAUGUUAAUCAUUUAGACAAUAGCGGACAUAGUGCGCUGUUUUACGCAACGAGCAACGAGCACGGACUUGGCGAGGCAAUUGCCAAUCUGCUGAGGGAAAAAAUGGCCACAAAGGCAGAAGAAAUCAAUCACGAACCGGAGAACAUGGCGGCACCGGUUCCAGCAUGUCGCAUCAAACAAGAUUCGGACAUGGAAACGAUUCGCUUCUUGAUAGAAAAUGGACAAGAUAUUAGCGCAAUGACAUGGGGAGAAAAUGGAGCGAAGGCACUUCACGUGGCGGUAGCUAACGAAAAGACGAUGGCGGAUCUCAUCAACGCCAUUCUGGAAACUGGAAAAUUUGACGUCAACGGAGUCGACAGCGACGGAAGGACACCUCUCCAUUACGCAAUCAUGGGAACCAACUAUGAAAGAAAUGUUCCUCACCUGAUUGGAAAAGGAGCCGAUCCCAAUAUUGCUGACAACAACGGAAUCACCCCUCUUCACAUGGCAGUGAUACAUGCAGAAUCGUUGGAUCUCAUCGAUAUUCUCCUCAAAACUAAAAAACUAGACGUCAAUGACUACGACGACAACGGACUCGCUGCUCGCGAUUGCGCUCGAUACAACAAACACGGACUAGGCGACACGAUUAUCGCUCGUCUGACGGAAUAUAUCGAAAUGGAAUCCCCUACGGAACUUUCAGCUUCACGUACGAUCAUUUUAGCUUGUAUUUGUUUCUGUUUGCUAGCUUUUGUGGUAUCAGCCUUACAAAACAUAUAA